CGGUUCGUACGUUGCAUAUGCUCUUUGAUACUAGAGGACUAAAAGAACAUUGGUAGCUAUUGACGAAGGGUCGAGCAUUGCUGCAUCCAAGUCCCCAAAAUCUUCUGAUCCAUCCACCCAAAACUGGGGACCGUUCAGUCCUCCAACACUUGGAGUGUCACAGACAUUUGGGACGGUAUCACAACCCAUUAAGCAACCAGUAGCUGCUAAAAAAACCAUGGUUGCACCACAAUCAUCCUUGCCUCGGCCUACUUCCAUGGUUUCAAAGCCACAACUGAAGGCAUUAUCAAAACCAUCCUUUACCCAGACAAAACCAUCCUCUAACCCAUUACAACAACCAAUUCCGCCCACUCUUACAGGAACAACACAAAGUAGAUGGUAUAAAGGACCUACGUUUCCCAAUCUGACUGAAAUUGCAACACAAAAAGCGUCAACACCGAAUCCACACCAGCCUACUAUGCAGCCUGUGUUGCAGCCUUUCAAAGCUACCUUGCAGCCUUCUUUGCAGCCUUUCAAAGCUUCCCAACAGCCUCAAACAGCUACCAAUCAGCCUCAAAAAGCUACCCAUCAGCUUCACAAAGCUACACAACAGCCUCAAAAAGCUACACAACAACCGGUAUCUUCUUUUACAAGUGUCAAACCACAUUUAGAGAAAAGAGCAUUUGUUGUACCUUUGGGAGCAACAAAACAUGUGAUGUCACAAUCUCCUACACCACCAGACACCAUGGCAAUGAAAAAGAGAACCGGGAAGCAAGAAGGUCAGUUGCCUCCAACAUACAUGCAUGUGAGUGAGAAUGCAUUUCAACCUCUGCGAUCUUCUCCAUCCAAUCAGGUUGAGAGUGAAGUUAUGCCAAACUACAACUGGGACGAAUUUGAAGAAUCGGCUUCUGAGAGUGAAAAUGAAUUUGAUCAAGGAGAAGGAAGUGAUACUGCUGUGAAGAAAGCAACACUUCGACAUCGAAUCAUUAUUCCAAAUUGGCCAGAAUCGAGGGAGUUUGAUGAGAAGGUGGAGGCUAUAGCUAUAGAUGCUGAUGGAAUACGACAUCUGGUAAAGGGACCAGUUCUGCCUCGAGACGUUUGGCAUGAUGCAAAGGGGUUCAGAUACAUUGUCAAGGUCAAUGAAUUCAACCAACCUAUUCGAAAAGGUGGGAAGAUCCUUGUGAGCUUCCUUGGAGAUAUUGCAAAAAAUGAUUCACUUUGUCCAGUGGGAGUCCCAAGUUGGCGUGCUGUGAACAAUCAGUUAAAAACUAAUGUUGUUACAAUGAUUCGGAAACAUUUUGUGUUACCUGAUGGACCUCUAGUUAACAAGGCACUAGUGAUGCGUAUUGACAAACCAUGGAACAAUCAUCGAUACAAAUUGAAGAGGGAUUUUUUCGAUCCAGUGAAUAAAUCUCGAAAAGAGAACUAUGCCAACGUGCCUGAUGGAGUGUCCACUAGGAGUUGGACGGAAUUGGUAGAUUAUUGGCUUUUACCAGAGGCCAUGGAAAAAUCUGAAAUGGGAAAAAAUGCUCGAGCUUUACAAGGCAAUAAGCACAACAGUGGUGCUACAAGCUUUGCUAAUCGAAGAGUGGAUAUGAAGUAUACAUUAUGUGACUCUUCAAACGUUUUGGAGAUAGUUGUCCUAGAUUCUCAUGAACUUAGAGCUUUUAGGAUCAGGAAACGGGGUUACCUGACACUAUUACUGUCAAAUAGAGUCAACUUUUAA